UCAGUUGAUUGGACAUGAUUAGGAAAGGUACAUACCUGUUUAUAUAAGGCCCCACAGUGCAUGUCAGAGUGCAAACACCAAUAAUGAAGUCAAAGUAACUGCCUGUAGAUCUGAGACAGGAUUGUCUUGAGGCACAAAUCUGGGGAAGGAUACCGAACAAUUUCUGCUGCUUUGAAAGUCCCAUUGAGCACAGAGGCACAGUAGCAAUUUUGUAGUGGUGGCCACUGCCCUGGAGGUCAAUCUGAGAGGUCCUAUUCAGAUUAUUCCCUGCACUUGGACCUUCAUUCAAACCUUCACGAUAUUGUGACUUCAAACAAAUCAUCCGGGACUGCUUCCUUCAGUCAAAUUUCCACGUGAUGUUUUUUACAAUCUAAAAACGAAAACUAAAAAAAUUCAGAUUUUCCUUGCAGAUCUGCAUUUGGUAUUCAAAUAAAGUAAGAGUGGGUGAGACUUUUUCGUUUUGAUCCAGUUUUAGCCAUGUCCAGGUGUUACAGGUAAGGCCAUGGAAUAAAGAAAGAACAAGACUGUGCAACAAAAGUUAAGCAUUUAGUCUUUGUGAUGUAUUUAAUGUUUUUUGUACUUGAAUAGGGAAAAAAUAUUUGCCUGUGUGAGUUUUGCAAGGUAAAAGGUUCAUAUUAAAAAACAUUUCCACAAAAUAUACUCAUAGCAGAUGAGCUAUCUGGCCUCUGCUGCCUUUUUCCAAGUUGGAAAAAUGUGUGGUAUUCAGCAGGCAUUUUAGAGUACAGAGGUAAGAGAGAUGUUGCUUUUCCUAUUUUUGUUCUAAACGAGAGAAGCAUGAAUGCACAACUAAAACUCUGGCUCCCAAUUAUUCUGGGACUUUGGCUUGAUCAAGUGCUGCAUGCAGGCAUAGGUCCAGAUCCUGCAACGGCUGCCUCGUCUCUCUCUGAUGGAAACUUGAUGUUUGAGUUUUUGCUGGGUGGGGUGAAGAUAAACCCGGAUAACAACGUGUUCCUGCUUGACGAGGAGCUGGCAUCGAUGAGGAAAGGGCGGGAAUUCCUGUCUCAGAUCAAUGACGGCAUUCCAAAACAUCAGAGCUCAAUGGAGCUUAUGGUACAAAGACUGGAGGCUCGACAGAAGACGCCUCUGACUCAGGAACAGUUUAAGAACCUGGUUCUGAGCAUGGUGUACGCUGCUCUGCAGGCUGGGGUACAGAGGAGCAAAGAGGAGCGAGAAGCCUGGGGUGGAGUGCUCCUCCAGCUGGCAAACGUCACCGCCUACGAAUUACGGGGAGGUUUUCUCUUCAAUUAUACUUAAAGAAACCAUCAAGGUGUGUGCAUUUUUUUUUUGCAGGCUUGGAUCUUAAAAUUAUAUAUAUAUGCAAAGAUUUUCCAACGAAAUAACCAACAAUGUAUGAAUAAGGAUAUUUAUUGUUUUACAGUAGAAAAAGUGCUGGGAAAAUGUACACAGCCCUUUAAAUAUAAAUGGUUCAUAUAAAA